UUCCGCUUAAUAUUCUUGUAAUUAUGGAUCCUGAGCUUUUAAAUAUAUUAGUCAACCUGUGUUUUUCAUAGGGAGCUUCCUUUUUCCUAGAAACUGGGAUGGUCAAUCAUCUACACCUUUCUGACUCUGGUACACUAACUAGUGCCGUAGUUGACUUAAUUGAUAACUUCUUACCACUAUUCUCAAGCAUUUCUGAAGUCAAACUGUCCUGUUCUGCUAAGUUUGAGACUAAGGACCGCUUCAUUCAGAGUUGGAGAACUGAUCUCUAUACUCUGUUCCGACUCGGACUGGAUGGUAGGCAACUGUAGUGCACCCAUAGACCAGUUAGACUGCUCUUCAAAGCGUUAUGCCCAGCGCUCCAGUCAUCUGUCCUGGGAAGUUAUCACUGUUCUAUUCUUCCCGGUAGUUUUCUUACACAACACAUUUACAGGAUCCAUUCCUUUUAUGUGUCUAAUUAUUUGACGAGUAUAACCUGGUGAAAAUGUCUCCCUUUGGUUUGCUUUCGCCAACUGUCCGGGGUUACUGCAAAGAUUUAGCUUGGGUUUGAACAGUUUUCGCUUCUCGUCACGAUUUUGGAGUCUACCAGAAUCGGUCUCCUUGCAUCGAUCAGAACGGGUGAGGCUAUAGGGAUACACUGUCGUUUGUUGACCUUUAACUGUAGGUUACCAGCUGUCCUCAAAAUUUUCUACAGCAGACUGGAUAUAGUGUCAGUCUUUCUCAGGACAAUUGAAUUGGCACGGACGGAAUAUUUCAGCCUUUUAUAAUGCACAUGUUUGGUAGAAUUCUAAUCCCAGAUUUUGUCGGAAAUUUUUCCUUUAUUUAAUUAAAUAAGUCCAAUAUAUGAUUUUUUCAGUGACUCAUUCUCAGUUCAGGUUACGCUAAAUUAGAUUAGUAAUAUGAGCAGGUGAACCACUUAAAACCACUCACGAAUACACCGUUUUAUGUGUAGUUACACGUUGCUAACUACUGUUUCUAGUACAUGCUUCCAGUUACACAGUUUCCGUGUUAAUAUUUCCGCCAACUACUUCAUUUGACUGAUAGUAACUUUCUGUUUCAUAAGUGUUUUUUGCACUAUCAGUGUAUACUGAAUAUGCAUCCGAUGACCCAUCAUUAUGUUGUUGAAUUUUUAACGAAUCUACAUUGUAAAGAUGAUUUCAUAUCUAGAUCAGUUUAAAUUUAUCAAACUAUAUCUCCCUUAUUUUUGUUUUGAGUCUAAUAUUUUCUAUCAUUUUAAUUGUUUUGUCUUUACUAUAUGUAGGUAGGAUUUAGUUGAUUUGAUCGGGCACACAAAUACUAUGGCUGUUUCAGUCCCUUGUUUAAAAGUAACUGUAGAUGUUGAGGACUGUGGAGAAUUACCCGAUCAGAAAGAACAAAUAUCAUUACCAGUGUACUGUCCGUGUCAGUCGGAAUAUUGUAAUUGUGGCUCUGAACUGGCUGUUACUCAGGCUUCUGCUAUGAAAAUCUACAAACAUCUAGGUUUUCCAAAAGGAAGAGAUGAUAUCGUAGAACAAGGUUAUAGACCAUGUGCUCUUCAUAUUUGGGGUACUCAUAAUCUUAGUACAGAUGAUGUCUUGUCUUGGCUAUCUAGUUACAAUCCAAAGACUAUAGAAUGGAUUAAUGAUGCAUCAUGAUAGAACUUAUAAUUUCGCUAUUCACGGACGUGCAAUGUGUCAAAGGCAUGUACUGUUUUUUGGCUUUGUGAAGCGUGCAGUUUUAUUUGAUAAACUCCAGAGAAAGAGAGAGGGAGAGAUGGUAUCAAUGAAUUGUGAAAUGAAAUUAUAGUGCUAGACACAGAUGUUGCUGGUAAUUAACAGUUGUAAUAAGGGUAAUGUGGUGUUUGAAGAUGAAAAUAGUGUUCUACGAGCAAUAUCCGAUUCUGCAGAACCGUUUGAUCGCCGAGUUGCUCUAGCCGCUGCGGCUGCUUUAGCCUUACUUUUAGAGAAAAGCGAUGAGAGUAAUGAUAACAGUUUAAGUCAGUCAGAAAAUUCAGAUGAAAAAUCCGCGGACAAUAAAUCCCUCACUGUAUCAAAUGAAACAAUGGAUUCUAUUGAGCAGUUUUCACAACACUUGCCUCCAACUGGUCGAUGGUAUAAAGCUUUAUCAGUUCCGCCUCAAACGAUAUCGCUGUUCUUGAGAUUUCCACAUAAAACUGAUGUAAAACUUCCCGGUGCAGAACGGCGAAGUUUAUACUAUCGUCGUUUUGGUAAUCCUAAUUACGGUGGAAUGACUGGUAUUCUAACGCGUUCAUAUAGACGACGUGUUCGUAUCUCUCGAAUAAAAUCAAGCAAUGAUCCAAAUGGAGAUUCUCGUCAUAUAGAAAGUUUGUCUGCACAAUUCGCUGAAUUAGUUGCUAAUGCCUAUGAUGAUCCUGAUGCAGUUAUAAAUCAAAUUAGUAGUAAUAAAAAUAACUACAAUAUAUGGAAUUCAGUUGCUCAAGCACCUCCACCUGAACGUCAAUUAAUUGUUUAUGAUAAUCUCUAUGAUGAAUCAGACUUACAGAGUCGUCCUACAGCAUCGUCUAAAUAUCCUACAAAAUUCAAUACAAGACAACGUCGAAAUGCCAGUGAAUUUCCUGUGCCUAAAUCUUCAAGACAACCUCGUAAAUGGCCCCGUCGAGAUCGUGGUCCAAUACCAAAUCGUUGGGUCAGUAAUGAUGGUGAUGAUGAAGAAGACGAUGAUGACAUAUUUGAGACUCCAGAACCUGGAACAAUAGUAAUCCUCGAUCCACGAGAACCAUGGGGGAGUACACUGUCUGGUGAUCCUAAACCUGUUAUGUAUUCAAGUAGUCGCAAUCACAUUAGAUCGAAUAAUCGUCAUUAUCAUCCCCGUGGCAUUGCAACAGUCACUUUAAUGCCUGAUUCCGAUGGAGAUAAUGAAAUCAAUUCAGGGGAGUCGGAAAAUACUUUUGGUACUAGACGUUUAUUGUCUUCAAUGAGUAUGGUAGCAGACAUGGAAUCUCAUCAAACAAAACCACGAUCUGUUUCGGAACGACUUGGUAUACCUGGAAAUCGUGCAAUUAAAUCACGCAAACCAAAUGUUUGGCAACGUUUAGGCUAAAUUUUUUAUUCUGUUAGCUGCGCUUUAUAAUAUUUCUUGGUAAAUAUUACUCUUUCGUAUAGCGCGCGCUGUACUGCAACUGCUUUUAUGCUCUUCAUUUUUAUUUUAUUUUCAACAUAACUGUAUAUAUAUAUUCAAGAUAACCUUUUUUGCCUUUACUGAAUUUCACUUACACUUAUGAUAGAUAACCAAUUGCUUGUAUACAAAUGUUUGAUUUGUAAAUAUUAAGAGUAAGAUAGAUUUAUCCGCUUUAACAG